UUCUGGGAGGCCAACCUGUUAGGUCAUAUUUUACAUCUUUAGGGAGUGCCUUUGACAAAAGAAUCACUAUAAUCAACUUUUUUGUUCUAUCCUUAGUUGAAACUAAACCAGAUAUACCACUACCCGAUCCUUGCAAUGCUUAAACUGCACUUACGAUACACCCCCUAAUUUACAUAUCGCACAAACAUGGCGGACCUUGAUCUGUCAAAAAUGGGAGGAACAACAAAAACAUCUGAAUAUAACAACAAAACAUGGACUUAUGAAACAAAAUCAAGUGUCACAGUCUCUGUUUAUACAUCAUUUAUUUAAGUGUGAGUUUAAAUAAGAUAGUUUGGCUCUACUCUGCCUCAAGUUAUAUGGCUUCUAAAGCAUACCCGACAACAAUAAAUUUUUGAAGGAAAGAGGAAUGUUUAUUUUAGCGUGAUGUUCUUUGAGCAAACCACAAAAAACUAUGAAUAACCUUUGUAAAACGUUUUAUUAUAAUGGGAAUUUUCCAAAAUUCUUUUGACCAUCUCGAAAAUAGAGAAAAAAUGCGCAUUGGAAUGUCUGAGAACACAGAUUCAACAUCUAGUUUUCAUUUAGUUAAUUCAAAAGUAGAUAUGGGGCCAACUGAUUCAGUGUCAUUUGUGAAUCCAAAUCCAAACAAACUAAUUCACAAGGAGGUUGAAAAAGGGAAAUUCAGUUUAUCUCUCCGUAAUGACUAUGAAAGAGAUCUUUUAAUAAAACGCUUGGAUGAAAGUGCCGACAUUUCCAGUGGUGAUGACAGUUCUCCUUCCAAAAGUCUAUGUCCAGCAGAUGCUCAAAACAUAGAUGAUUCACAGGGGUCAUUUGAUAAAAUGGAGAUUUAUAAUGACGAUGAAAAAGAAGCAUAUGAUAAUACUGACGAUUGUGACAGUGAUGGGAAAGAAGCAAAGUCCACUUUGAAACCUGUUGAUUCAGGAUUGAUUAUUUCACCAAUUAGAUUAACAGAGGAUAUGCCUAUCAAUAUCAAUGAUGAUGAAACAAAAUUUUCCUCAGUGACUAGUAAUAUGCAGCAAAAAUUGGUAUAUAUUCCAACAACAAAACAACUUGUAGCAGAAAGCUCAAGUCAUGCAAAUUAUUCUAAUACUCAUGAUCAAAAUGCACAAAAUACAAAUAGACCUGACCAGUUGAAUGAAAAAGAUAGCAAUGAUUUAAGUUCUUCAACAGAAACAAUUUUGAAUGAAAAUGGUGGUGUUAAAUUCAGUAUACAAGUGAAUGACACGUCUAGUCUUGGUGGUGAAAGUGAUUCCCUUUUGUAUCUUAGUUUAAGCAAGAAUAAAGACAAUGAUCAAUUAUCGUUGAAUAAUUCUGAAAAUGAUACAUGCAUGCCCCGUAUAAAUACUGGAGAUUCUUUACUUCGGACAUUCAAUGAUACUACAAGUCUUUCUAGUCUUAGUACAUGUACAGAUUUUUCAAUAUCAGCAGCAUCUAUGGACGAAGGUUGUGAUGGAACUGGACUUUGUAUAGAUACUGGGGAUGGAGAAUUUAUGGAGAUUAGUUUACAUUCCAGAAAUUCUUUUGAAAGAAAAAAGAACCCAUCUCAGGAUAGUGGGUUUGAAGACAGAGGUUCUAAAUCUAAAAAGAAAGGAUUGUCUGUGUCAGAUUUUUUAACCAGAAAUCUGUUUUCCAGAAAAGCUAAAGAAUCUGAAGAUGAUGCUGAGCAAGGAUGGAAAUUAUUUGGUAGAAUUCCUCCAAAGCAAGCUCCUGAUAAAGAUCCUCAACAGAUAACACAGGAAUUCAAUAACAAACUCAGAUCAGUAGCUCAACCAAAGAAUAGUAAACAUACUGAUAUAGAAGUCAUGUCUACCACUGCUCUUAUUCUAGAGAAUAGACCACAGAAUCUACCAACCAAAGAUCCAGAAGAGGCAGAGAAACACAGACAACAGUAUGAAGCAAUGGUAGAGGCUGCUAGGAAAAAGGAAUUAAAGGAAUUAAAGAUGAAGAAAAAACAAAAGCAACAACAAUUGAAAAAUGAAGACAAAGUUGUUUGUGCAGCUAAAAGAUGGACAGAUGAAAUAUUACCAAACUGGGAAGCAAUGAAAUCACAAAAGAAAACAAGAGAGUUAUGGUGGCAUGGUAUUCCUACUAAUGUUAGAGGAAGAGUGUGGCAGCUAGCAUUUGGAAAUGAUCUCAAUGUUACUAAAGAAUUAUAUGAAAUUUGUUGCAGUAGAGCUGAUGAUAGAAUUAGAAUGACUAUUGAAAGCUCUGAAAUCUACGGCAAUUCUGAAACCUCCUCAGAGCCUCCGUCCAGUAAAGAGUCCAGUGUAGAACUUAUCAAAUUAGAUGUUUCUAGAACAUUCCCACAACUUUGUAUUUUCCAAAAAGGAGGUCCGUAUUAUGAUUUACUUCAUAGUUUACUUGGUGCCUAUGCAUGCUACAGACCAGAUGUUGGAUAUGUCCAAGGUAUGUCUUUCAUUGCUGCUGUAUUACUCCUCAAUAUGGAUGUAGCUGAUGCCUUUGUUUGCUUUGCUAACCUUCUGAAUCGUCCAUGUCAAGUAGCCUUCUUCAGGGUGGAUGAGGAAUUGAUGAAGGUUUAUUUUCAUACGUUUGAAGAUUUUUUUGACGAGAAUAUGCCUGGAUUAUACUCACAUUUUAAAAAACACAAAGUCACUCCAGAUCUGUAUAUUACUGAAUGGAUAUUCGCUUUAUUUAGUAAAUCACUGCCUUUAGAUAUUGCUUGCAGAGUAUGGGAUGUAUUUUGUAGAGAUGGUGAAGAGUUUCUGUUCAGAACAGCUUUAGGUAUAUUGAAGAUGUAUGAAGAUUUGUUAUUACAUAUGGACUUCUGUAACUUAGUGCAAUUGUUGACAAAAAUACCAGAAGAUAUCUCUAGUGAUACUCUGUUUAAACAUAUAGACACGAUACGAAUGAAUAUUGACAAGAAACGAUUCAAUCAAGUGUUGGCUGUUAAUAAGGAAUCGUGAUGAUAAUUGUAUGCUAGCUUUCCAAGUCUUUUUUUGAGUCGUGAUGAAAAUUGUGUGUUAGAUUUCCAAGUCAUUUCUUGAGUCGUGAUUAUAAGUGUGUGUUUAGAUUUCCAAGUAAUUUCUUCACAUGUGCAUUGGAUGUCAAGAUGUGUAUUAUGCAUGAUAUCAAAUUAUUGCUUUAUCCCAAAUGGAAGUAGUAUUAUGAUGGUGUGAUAUGUUAGCUGUGGGAGUGUAUGCAUGUAAUGUUUUAAAAUGUCAAUGGUCAGUAGUUUUUCUGUAGUACACCAAGGAUAUGAAACCUUUUUUUACUGAGAAACAAAAUUAAGAUGGAAAUUGAUAUGGUGAAUAUUUUAAAGCUAGAUAUUUUAGUUUGAAUUUGUGAAAAGAAAAUAACUUCCUUUUUAAUUUUAAAACGCUAUUUAAAAUCUGGUGCAAAAAAUGAAAAUUGUCUAUCAUUUAUCACUAAAAAGAAUGAAAGGUAUUACAUGAUAUUAUAUUCACAUUCUAUUAUAUAAACCUUCAUUCAACAUUGAAAGUCUUUCACUGGUUUGUUAAUUGUUUAUUAUUAUGUAUAAGUUGUUAUCUGUUCACACAUUAUUUCCUACCACUGUAUGUGCAAUUCUAGUGUCAGAGAUAUUAUGUAUAAAAAGAUAAAAGCCAUAAUUUAUUCAAUUUGUACAUUAAUCCAAUGUGGAAAUAGAUAUUUUGCAUGUCAAUAUUGUAUACACGUAUUACCAAUUUUUUUUGUCUUUUAUCUUUCUGUGAUGUAUACAAAUGGAAUCAAGUUUUAAAAUAACUCUUGAAAUAUAUUUUUUUUUCACCAAUUGAUUUUGGUACUUCUUCUGUAUCAUGCUUUCUGGUAUUGAUAUGUUAGCAAACAUUAAGUGGCAAUUGUAAUAAUUAGAAAUGGGGAAUGUAACUUUUGCAGUGAAACUUAGAUGAGUAUUUCUAAUACGUUGUAAAUGUGGCAUUGUUAUGCUAGAUAUUUUUCAACAUGUUAAAAUUUCCUUUUUCUUCUUACAAACAGAAAUAUUUCUAGAUCAGAAAUUUGACUUACAAAAGAUUAGGGUUAUUUUAGAAAAAGUGUCUCCUGGAGGCAGAAAACCCUUAAAAAUAAGUGUUACCAACAACAUAUUAAAAUUAAGGUGCAAUAUUUGUUUUACAUAGAAAACUUUUACCUCCACCACCUAAAUAAUUAAUCUUGGUGUUGUUCUCCUUGAAAAGCCCUGAUGAUAUUGAUAAUAAAAAAACAGCUGAUAAAUUGGCUGACAAAUAAAGAUAAGAAUUUUGAUGUGUUGCAAAAUCUGAUGAGAAAGGAGUAUUAAAAGGGAACUUGCCUUGCCAUUUGAGCUUGUAAACCAAAAUGUUAUAUAAAUCAAUCAAAUAACAUCCUUCUUAUUUUUACAAGACAAGCUGUCAAAUUUUAGUUUGUUUUUUGUCUUUGUUUUU